GCCUGGUCCGCCAUUUUCGAAUACAAUUGAACAAACAUGCACGAUAUCGAAGAGAGGUUAGUUGAAGAAAUCCGUAAAUAUGAACAUUUAUACGACUCUUCUUCGCCAGAUUACAAAGACUCGCAGAUGGUAGCUGAUGCAUGGUGCGAGAUCUCGGAAAUCGUCGGCUUGAGCGUCACGGAAUGUACAAAGAGAUGGAAGAACUUAAGGGACAAGUACGUUCGCCUCCGAAAAAGACACGCAACGAACGGGGACAUAGGCAGGAAAAAAGUGCCGGCGUUUUAUUUGUGUCUCUCCUGGCUGGCACCCUAUGUAAAGCACCGGGACAUAGAGUCAAAUUGCGACGACGACAACGAGCACUCCCUGCCGUCCCCGCCCAUCAACCCAUCUCACCUGUCCCCCAAAUCGAAGAUGGUACAGAAAAGGAAAAGAAAAGAGCUGGACGACCGGGGGAUUCAGAGACAGGUUGCCCAGUUAGAGGAGCGCAGAAUGGAACUGCAACAGAAACUUAUACAGGACAACGAUGAGCCCUCCAGGUUUGGGCAAUCUGUAGCAGACAUGCUGCGGAGGAUUCCCGAGGAGCACCGGGCACAGGCAAUGUUUGAUGUCCACAAACUAUUGUUUGAGAGGCAGCAGCAGAACAAAUAAAAUUGCAUGUAAAACAUUUUUUAAA